AAAUAAAUCUUGAACUGAAAGCACUUUGCAGAUGUUAACUUUGGGACGUGGGUGUGUUUUCAAAAUAUUAGGAGGGAGAGUAGAAGGAGACGAAAAUAAUAGUUUAUUUGUUGGAAGCGACUUUAUCAUGUUUUGCAGAAAGUUUUCAGGGCUCCUGAGUCAGCAGCUGUACUCCUCGAUUUUACGAUGUAACAGACAGUUCGCCGAGAAACUUGAAACAUCGAACAUCGAGAAAACAAUAAAUGAAGUCAAACUCCUAGGUCGUGUUGGAGCUGAGCCACAAAGGAGGGGUACUGAAGAACAUCCAGUUGUCAUAUUUUCACUUGCUACACACACUAACUACAAAUAUGAAUCGGGUGAGUUUGUGCAACGAACUGAUUGGCACAGAAUCUGUGUUUUCAAGCCCUCAUUGAGAGAAGUGGUCUACAACUACCUCAAAAAGGGACAAAGGGUGUACAUCACUGGCCGAUUAACAUAUGGAGAAGUGAAAGAUGGAGAGGGAAACACAAGGACAACCACAGCUGUUGUGGCUGAUGAUGUUAUUUUCUUUCAGUCGUCAGAGCCAUCAUAAUGUAGUGUGAAACAAUAAACUCAAAUCAGUCCACCUGGUGAGAAUGAAACACAAGUGUUCAGUGUUGUAUUUGAUUUGGGAUUGAGCAAAUGCAGUCCCUACAAGAGAACUAAGUGCAUGGGAUGCAUUAUUGUUGGUGGCCCUGACUGCUGUAAUUAAGCUAAUGGGUGUCAUUCUGUGAUAAAUUCUCUUCCUGUGACUUGCCCUCAGCAUGUUAGUGACAGAUAUUGCAGUUGAGAAACUACAUCCUUUACUGUUAAGACUGAGAACAAUGAUAUAUUUCUUGCAAUAGGAUGCCAGAUCAUUAGUGGAUGGCCUCUGUUUUCACAUCUCUCAUGUCAAUAAAAUGAGAGUAAGAAACAGAACCAGCACCUUACUACUCACUUCAGAUACUAACAUAAUGUAUUGUGGCAAAUGUAGUGGCCAUUUGAUGCAGGAAAUAAAUCUUCUGAAGAUCUGAGACAAAA